ACGGAGAAGCAUUUUCUACGUGCUCAGAACGGAGAGAGAAGUUAAUCGCAGUGAUGGCAAGAACCAAGCAGACCGCUCGUAAAUCCACCGGUGGCAAAGCCCCGAGGAAGCAGCUCGCUACUAAAGCCGCCCGGAAGAGCGCCCCAGCCACCGGCGGCGUCAAGAAGCCCCACCGUUACAGGCCCGGCACCGUGGCUCUCCGAGAGAUCCGCCGCUAUCAGAAGUCCACCGAGCUGCUGAUCCGCAAACUGCCUUUCCAGCGUCUGGUGCGAGAGAUCGCUCAGGAUUUCAAGACGGACCUGCGCUUCCAGAGCUCCGCCGUCAUGGCCCUGCAGGAGUCCAGCGAGGCUUAUCUGGUCGGUCUGUUCGAGGACACCAACCUGUGCGCCAUCCACGCCAAGAGAGUCACCAUCAUGCCCAAAGACAUCCAGCUGGCCCGCCGCAUCCGCGGAGAGCGCGCUUAAACCCGCCGCUGACAAACACCCCAAAGGCUCUUUUAAGAGCCACACACACCGCACUGAACGAGACCGUUUCCACUCUAAUGUUGCUUGUAACAAAUAGAGCGUAAUUUGGUUUAUUUGGGGGUUUCACUUGAGUUCCCAAAACGUGUUUCUUCUAUCAAUUAUAGUUUUUCAUUACUACUUAAAUCAGGUGUAUAUGUAACGGGCUGAUGAAAGAGUUCGGGGCUACACUUUCCAUUAGUCUGUAGUAACUUGAUUACAUCUGCACCUGCUAUAAAUGGAUUCAAAGUGUUCAUCUGUUGACGGUACAAGCAAGUGUGCGCUAUCGAUCAGGUUAUCAAAUUAUGUUUAACUUGUUUAUUAGUGAUGUUGAAUUUAAAUAAGAUGAGAGCGGUGUUUUUUGGAGGUUCAAAGUACUGUUGUACCUAUCUGCCACACAACCCAUCAACUACCAUUAUCUUGCAGGUGAAAUAUAUGAAAAGAAAAACUUAAGUUAUGAUCUAAAUUAAAUAUACUGUAAGAUGUUUCUGGAUAUUAAUCUAGGUGUUGGGUGUAGAGUU